CACACACAUCUCAAAAUCUAAUCAACAACUGACGCAUAAAACCAAGUCCCCAUCCUGUGUUGUUUUCUUUUAACAUAAUCUGUGAGACUCGAAUGCACAUCACAAUUCGGAAAACAUCAUCUGUUGCUAAUUCUGUUUCAUUAAGAAUUUAUUUAUUCCUUAAAUGGUCUGUUUUAUGUCUAGAAACCCCAGGGACAGCGGGUCUGGUUCAGACGACGACGUAGGCCACAGGAAACGCAUCGCUUCGGACAGCGAAUCAAACGAGGAGCGUAACCAAUCAGGCAGUGAGGCCGGCAGCCCCCAGCGCUCUGGAAACUCAGAGGAGGAUGAGUCUGGCAGCGAACGCCCGGUGAAGCGGAGGAGACCACAGCAGCAGUCCGACUCGGAGCAGUCAGACAACGAGAGCAAGAAGAGCCGCUCCGAAGGGUCUGACGACGAAUCUCAGGCCGGAUCUCCAGCCGCCGCUUCAGAUCGAGGCUCAGAGAACGAGGGCUCGCCGCAGAGGUCCGAUAACGACUCUGAGCCAGAGGGGUCCAACAAUGAAGCUUCCAACAGAGGAUCUGAUGACGACAGUGACUGAGUUUGUUGAGGAAAAAGAAAAGCCUUUGUUCUUGUAAUGUUCAAAUCAUAGUACGUAGUUAUCGGUCUUCCUGGAUAAUGCUUCUCAGAUUUUACACAAUGUUUUUUGUUUUAUUUUUCAGAAAUGAGAACAUGUUUUCUGUUCAGUCUUUUGAGUAAGAAAUUUUCAAAUCUUCUUUAGCAGGCACUUUUUGUUGAGCAUUACAGCAUAUACUGUGCUCUGUAGUCUAAAGGGACGAUCACAAGCUGUGAUUCGGAGUUGGUGAACAAUAUGAAAU